GCAUCUCAUCAUUUAUAUUUGUUAUCUAUUUCUGCCCCAACCCCCAUCACCAAUAAUCCACCCAACACCCCCACAACAUGGCCCUAGUAUCCUACACCGACUCCGAAGCCUCGGAUUCCGAGCCCGAGACCACCACAAAGCCACAGCCCCCAACAGCAGCAGCGACAGCCACAAAACCACCCGCAGCCACCAACAAACCCAAACUCGUCGACAGCGCCAACCCACGCAAGAUCCGCGUCGCACUACCCGAAGUUAGGCCCGAGGGUGCAGAUGAAGAUGGACCCGCGCGGAAAAAGGCCCGGGUAGGGGGUGGGGGAGCAUUUGCGGGGUUUAAUUCGUUCUUGCCUGCGCCGAAGAGGAAUGCGGUGGUGGAGAAGAAGCCGGCUGCGACGGGGCGGAAGGUGUUUAGUUUGAAGACGGGGGCGACGCCGGGGUUUGAUCGUGGAUUGGAUGAAGAGAUGAGGAAUGAGAUGGCGAUGGAGGCGGGGGAACCGAUUGGGAACGAUGGGGAUGAGUCGAUACCAAAGGCUGGGAGUUUGAGGGAUGACGGCGGGUCUGGGGCGGGUGAAACAGGUGGGGGAGUGCCGGUGAAGAAGCCCGAGGAAGUCAAGUUGAAGGGGAACCCGAUGAUGUUUAAGCCGUUGUCUGUGGGGAGGACUACGCAGAAGAAGAAAAAGGUUGUUGCGAAGACGACUAUUCCUACAGAGGCUGUGAAAGAGCCCAUCUCGGAUCAGUCUGCUACUCCUGCUGCUCCUGCUACUGUUCCGCAGGUGCCUGCGCCCAAGCCUAAAGUUAGUCUUUUCUCGCUUGGGGCAAGCGAGUCGGCUUCGAGUGUCGAGCCGGUUCCUCAGAAGAGCGUGGCGUAUGAGCCGUUGAUGUACACUGCGAGCACAGAAGCGCCUGAGGCGGGUCCGGAGCUAGAAUACCAACCUCAGGCUCCAUCGGAACCAGCGGCAGCGCAGACGUUGGAUAACAUUGCUGAUGAUCUGAACCUUUCGCGCUCCCAGCGACGGCACCUCUUUGGUCGCAAUGCUGAUUCCUCGAAUUCACGGAUCCUUCAUUUUAAUACCGACAAGGAGUACAUUGCCAAUCAAGAAUUGGCACAUCAGACCGAUCUGGCGGCUCUUCAGCACAAUCCGGUUCGUGCGAUCGCCCCUGGGAAACACUCGCUGCAACAGCUGGUCAAUGCAGCCAACUCUCAGCGGGAGGCUUUAGAAGAGAGCUUUGCAGCUGGGCGGAGGAACAAGCAAGAGGCUGGAUCAAGAUAUGGUUGGUGAUGUUAUCUUUCUCCUUGUUUUUCAUCUGUCUUUCAAAUUGGAUACCAAUCUUUGUAGCAUACACAAAGCACCCUGCAUGGAAAAAUAGGAGUAUUGGAUUCAUAGGUAAAAUAGUAAUCGUGAGCUCUUUAAUUUUCAUCAAAUACUGACAUAUAUACAUGCUCCGCCGCUACAAGCUCAAUGUUGCUCAAAGGAAUUCCAUGGAAUGGUACCUCCCAGUCUGCC